AUGACGGCAUCAGCACCUGAUCAGCAGGGAAGCUUUAACACGAGCGGGAAGGACAAGGAGCAAGCGUGGAUUCAUGGCGACCGCGCAGGAGGAGAAGGCCAUAGCACGGAGCAUGAUCUUUCUGUCACCCAGGACUCGCUAGAGAUCUCGCUAGAGGAGGAUGCUAAAGGGCAAGAUCGAAGAGGUGGGAGGCACCAUCCUGGUGCGUCCAACCCGCGACGUCGGCAUGCUGCUGUCCUGAAGGGCAAGAGGAGGCCACCAAAGAAUGUCACGAGCAAGCCGGAGUGGAACAACAAUACGUAUGUUCACAGCUCACAGCGGCCGAACAGGCAUGCCUCCCUUCUGCGAGACGAGACGAACACGAUGGCAGAAUGGAAGAGUAGGAAGCAAGCUCCCGAGCAAGAGAAGCAGGGGAUGGUGAGGCCAGGCAGUGGGAAACCCAACACGUCGAGGAUGUCGGAAACUAACAAGAAGAUUCUGAACGAGAUCAUCAGUCUGUACAACAAGAAGCCUCCCAAGUCAGGCAGCAAGGAUGCGGUCAACAGGCAGAAGUCGGUGGAGCGGGAGGAGAGCACGAAAUCUCCGAGGGGGGUUGUGUUCACGAGGAAAAGAUCGACACUGCAGGGAAAGAAGGAAGAGAGUCAGGUCGUCCUCUCCCCAUCUGAGUUCCGAUGCCCCAACCAUGGCCACUCUGUGUUGAGCCAUCGCAACGCCGACGAGUUCGACGAUGAUACCGCAGCGAACAGGAAGGCGCUGACGCCUUACGGCAAGACUCUCCCCGUCUCUCCAGCAAGACGCCAGUGGUCGGAUGAGUUGGGAUGCUACGUGUGCCAGUCCCAGGCCCCAACGAGGAGGAGCAGACAAGGGCUGGAAGGAGGGAGCGUGGGGAGAAGUUCGUUCAACCCAGACGGGAGUGAGCAGCAGCAGCAGCAGCAGCCGACGGGGUUUGACUACCAGGAGUUUGUGAAGCGGGUGACAAAGGAGUCGGAGGAGAAGCUCGAGUGGAUGGCGCAGACGUUUGCCAAGGAGACGACGGAGACUAAGGAUGUAGCCAACGCUGCCCUGCUGCAGGUGGAGGCGAUGAUCCAAGUGUGGGAGAAGGAAAUGUUGAGGAUCAGAGACAGAGAGAAAGAUCUGCAUGACAAGAUCGAGGAGUACAAGAACCUGGCUGAUCACAGACCGAGCCAUGGAAAGAGACUGUCGAGCCACCAGAAGACUGAGAUCGUUCACAAGAUCGACAGCCUGUCUGCCAUGAUCCUUGACAGCAUCCUCGACGAGACUGUCUUUAUCCUCCAGGCGCAGGAGGAGGAGGAGAACUUAGGGAGGGCGAUGGAAUACGCAAAGUUGCAAGAACAAGACCUUGUGAGGCUCAUGGAAAGCAUGAGAAUGUCUGAACAAGACAUCGUCUCACGAACUUCCAUGAUGAGCUUCGACAAGUCGAGAGAGGACAGGAGCUACGAGCAGUCUGUGAAAUUCGUGGAGGAGGAGGAGGAGGAUGCGACGGCCAGCUCUUCCUUCGUCGACAAGAGCUUUGUUUUGAGGAUGCAUUCGAACCGGUGA